AUCAUCAAAACGUUAUUUUUAGUUGCACUGAGUUAGGUCCCCUUUGCAUAAAGAUUGUCGUCGCACUUCUCGAUAGUCGGUCCGAAAUCUGAAUCGUCCUCCGCCUGGCGCCAUAGAGUUUCCUCAGUCCAACUCUCUAAUCCAUGUCGGUGACUCGCCCGACUCCGACUCAGAAGCAACCAGAAAAUCUUUUCGAAUUCCGUCCGGCAGUUAUUCAACAGCGCAGGAUUGUUGUAGAAAACAAGCAUGGGGAGAAGCUUGUUGGGAUAUUACAUGAGAGGGGUUCGAAGGAUCUCGUUGUGGUGUGCCAUGGCAUCCACUCAUCAAAGGAACGCAUUCCUAUGGUGAACAUUGCCGCUGUGUUAGAAAACGGUGGUAUAAGCGCUUUCCGCUUUGACUUCGCUGGAAACGGGGAAAGUGAAGGUUUGUUUCGAUAUGGUCACUAUCGAAGAGAAGCUGAUGAUAUACGCGCUGUAGUUCAAUACUUUCGUGGGAAGGAUUAUGUAGUAACUGCAGUUGUUGGUCACAGUAAAGGGGGGAAUGCAGUGAUCUUGUAUGCUGCAAAAUACAGUGAUGUUCGUGCGGUUGUAAAUAUUUCUGGCCGAUUUGAUCUGGAAAGAGGCAUGGAAGGUCGCUUAGGUAAAGAUUUUCGACAAAGAAUCAAGCGAGAUGGAUUUAUUGACGUUAAGUACAGAAGAGGUACAUUUCAGUAUCGUGUCACCGAAGAAAGUUUGAUAGAGCGUCUAACAACUGAUAUGCGUGCAGCCUGCCAAUCGAUUAAUCAAAAUUGCAGGGUUUUGACAGUUCAUGGAUCACAUGACAAAAUUGUUCCUUUUGAAGAUGCUUUUGAGUUUGAUAAGAUUAUACCUAAUCACAAAGUAUCGAUCGUGGAAGGAGCUGAUCACGAAUACACUUUACACCAAAACGAGCUGGUUUCGAUCGUGUUGGACUUCAUCAGGGAAGAUUUUCACCAGGACAUGGAUCUGUCUAAGCAGUCACCAUCUAGCACAAGAGCCGAUAAAUCUCUCGAUUCACGAUUGUGAUCUUAGCCUCAUUGUCGUAAGUUGUAAAUCUUUCUAAACAUCGAAAUUUUAAACAUCAAAAUUUUAUUA